AUGUCUGUCCCCAACAGAGGCCCUGAGCUUCAGGCUGUCUGCUAUACUCUUGCCGUUUCUUCGGUGAUAGCAGUCGCACUACGUAUCUAUGUUCGCGUGAGAUUGGUCAAAAACUUUGGAUUGGAUGACUGUUUCAUGUGUAGUGCUCUCAUCACAUUUCUCCUAUUCGUCAUGUCGGCCCUCCUCGGUGUGAAGCACGGCACAGGUCGACACAGAGACGACCUCGACCCUCAUGACUUUCAGCAAGCAAUGAAGUGGUGGUGGUGGUGCUACUUAUGGUACUGCCUCACGAUGAUAUCUUCAAAGAUCUCAAUUGGUUACCUACUCCUUCGAAUCACGACACGAAAACUCGACGUAUGGAUCCUCUAUGGCGUCAUGGCCAUUACUGUCUGCACCGGAGUCGUCUUCUUCUUCGUCACUCUCUUCCAAUGCUCGCCGAUCUCGUACUUCUGGAACCAAGAUCAACCUGGAAAAUGCGUCAAGCCUGAGGUCAUUAUGGCCCUCACUUAUCUAUACAGUGUGUUCAGUGUUAUAUCAGACUUCACUUGUGCUAUCCUACCAAUGUUCUUGGUGUUCAAGCUCAACAUGGGAAGGAAGACGAAGCUGGCUCUGAUUCCUAUCAUGGCUAUGGCCUGCGUGGCAAGCGCAGCGGUUGUCGUUCGAUUCCCUUUCGUCAAAGACUUCAAGAACCCAGACUUCUUAUGGGCAACAAUCGACAUCGCGAUCUGGUCGACAACAGAACAAGGUCUGGCCGUCACGGCCGGGUCUUUGGCAACGCUGCGGCCUUUGCUUCGAUUACUCGGCCGCAAGCUUGGCAUAACGACAUCGGGACGGUCUGAGUUGCGGGACACUGAUCAGCCAAUGGGCUCUGGGGGGUUCAGGCCUACAAAGGGUACCAACGGCAGCGGCAAUAAGCAUCGCGAUCUUUUCAGCCUCGCCACAUUCGCAAGGGAGGACGACCUGGACGGCAACGGGCGAGACGGCCAGGCAGCUUACGCUGGGGAGCACCAUUUCCAGAGCAGAUCGUCUGCUGAGAAAGGAGUCUCGGCGUGGAGGUCGAGGGACAAUGAGAGCGAGGAGGAGUUGACGGGGCAGCUUGGCAGUGACAAUUCACGGAUCGUCAAGGUGACAACCUUUGAGGUUCGUGAGAACAGGAUUUGAAAAUCGUACCAGCAACAGGAACACUAAUGACGGCACUGAUAUUUAUAACGAAUGAUAAUA